GGGAUGCUUAGCCUUAAAAUUAAGCCCCUCCAGCGCCUCCAGCGCCUCCACAUUGCUCAACGAUGGCAGUUGCUGAUUGCUGAUAGCUUCGAUUAAUUUGGUGACAAUAUCACAUUUCGUCUUCUCUAAUAACAAUCAUGACAGACCAGCCCCAGAGUCUGCGAGCUCUUUUCGAUGCCGCCAAAGCGGACAAGACCGCCUUGGAACACAGCGUGGAACCCAACAGCAAGGCAUCUCGUGACCUUGUUUCAGCGGCGAUUUCGAAGCUCCAAGAAUGCCAAAAGCUGGUAAGCCAGCUGUCGCUAUUCAGCUCCAACGAGGGCCUGGAAGAUAUCCCCAGCGGCGAUUUACAAUUCUUGACGGUAGAUUACUUUUUGGCAGAGUUACUACAACGAUCAUCUUCGUCCGAUCGGGGGGAACUUCUACGACGCGCAACGGCAGAAUAUGAGAAGUAUUUGACAAGGCUUGAUCAGUACGAAUUACUGUCAGCUAGCGAUCGGAAAAUGUUUGAGCAAUAUUUAGAGAACCCUUUCACUUUUUCCCUGGCUUCGAAAAACGACGCCCAGAACAGGCGCGACAUCAAGGUCGCCAGGUUCCGUCAGGAAAAGGAGCUGAAGCAAAAAUUGGAGUAUUUUUCUCAAAAUCAAACUCGUCUUCAGAAUGACGACGAUGCCGUGCGCCAAUUGUACCUCGCAGAAAUCAGCCUCUACAACCACCAGACUUUUCAGUCACUCGAUAUGAUAUCACAGGAACUAGAAAUCUUAUCGCAAAUGCGUAAUGCCCCUCCCCGUCCCGACCAGACACUGCAACAUGACUCGAGGAGACGAGUCGACGCCGAUAGAACAGGAUAUACAGAACGGCUUGAUGCCCCGCUGGCUCAGCUGUUGGGCCGCCAGAAGGGCCCACUACUGAGCAAACACGGAAAACCCUUGCAGCCUUUCACACUCACAGAUCGCCGGACGGAGCUUCAGCGAGGUGUAUUCCGACCUAGUCAUAACCUACCUACGAUGUCUAUUGAUGAGUAUUUGGAAGAAGAAAGGAAACGAGGAGGUAUUAUUGAAGGUGGAAAUAAUGAGCAACCACAAGAGAUUGACGAAGAUGAUAUGAAUAGAGCUGACAACGAAACUAUGAAGGCUCGAGCUUGGGACGAAUUCACGGAAGAUAAUCCUAGAGGAUCUGGAAAUACACUCAACCGGGGCUGAGUCAUUGAUAACCACACUUUUAUUCUCUUACAUGUAGAAUUUAUA